AUGUCGUUAGCGGAAGGACUGACACCCGAUCAGGUUGAUUUCUUUGAAAAGAAUGGAUGUUUAGUGAUACCUGGAGAGUUAUCUAAAGAACAAGUUUCUGCAUUGCUGAGUCGAGGUCACAAACUGUUGGAGGAGUUUCCAAUGGAGAACCACCCCAAGACGAAAUUCACCACUGGAGAAAAUGUUGGUGACGAGUCUGCUGAACAUGUUGGUGAUGAUUACUUCUUAGGAUCUUCUGAUAAGAUCCGAUUCUUUUUUGAGGAAGAUGCAUUCGAUAAAGAAGGUAACCUCACAAGAGACAAGUCCGCGGCAGUCAAUAAAGUAGGACAUGCGCUACACGAACUUGAUCCGGUGUUCUCCAGUGUAUCUGUUACAGCCCGUAACAAGGCAAUUGCCGAUACACUUGGUUUCAAAGAGCCUAAAAUCCUUCAAAGCAUGCUCAUCUGUAAACAGCCGGAGAUCGGUGGUGAAGUUCCAACCCACCAGGACGGCACAUUUCUAUACACCGAACCCCAGAGCGCUGUCGGAUUCUGGUAUGCCCUGGAAGACUGUACAAUUGAAAAUGGAGCUCUUGAAUACAUUCCCGGCUCACACAAAACAUGUCCUGUCUACAAACGAUUUGUUCGCAAGGCCGACGGAUCUGGUACCGAGUUCCUUCGUCUGGAAAACGUCCCUGAAUACCAGGAGCCCACUGGAGACAAAUUCGUGCGACUGACGUGUCCUGCAGGCAGUCUGGUCCUCAUCCACAACUCUGUUCUCCAUCGGUCCAACAAAAACACCUCAUCCAAAUCCCGCUACGCAUACACAUUCCACGCCAUUGACGGAGCCUGCAACUACGACUGUCUCAACUGGCUCCAAGUCCCUCCGACUGGUGGUGACAACUUCACCAAACUAUAG